CAGACCGAGAGCGAAUCGGUUGUAUAUAUGUAUGUAUACUAUAUACAAAUUAUCUGUUGAACAUGUGUUUUAGUCUUCGACCGCCUUUCACACGAUUUGGAGAUUCAGCGUGCGCCCGAUUUUGUGCCUAAAAACCUGCUGCAAAUUUGUUUAAAAAUCAAGUCUAUGCUUCUAAAAGUGCAACAACAAUAAGGCUACAUUCAUAUUCAAAGAGAGGGAGAGUUACCCACCCACCAAGAGAGUAAACCCUCGCGAAGAGAGAGAAAGCCAUUGCGAGCCAAAAGAGCCAGGGGACAUGUACUCUGACAAUGAAGACGACAAUCAGAGCGAUGGUGCUGGGGGAUCGGGACGGAUCCGGAACGUACUGACUCUGGAGGAGCGUGUGGCCGCCAUUCGGCAGUAUGACAUUGUGCCCAUGUACAGCAAAAUCGCUCGCAACUUUAACUGCAGCUGGGAGCAAAUCAAGAGCGUGGUGUCCAAUCGAAAAGCAAUCCUGGAGUUCCACGAGGCCACCAAUAUCCUAAGCAACAUGGUCACUAAGGACGGCGAACUACGCCGGCGAAAGCUAAACUUUUUAGGCCACUGCCUGUACGAGUAUAUCCAGAGGGCCCAGUUCUAUCUGAACAGCGACGUCAACGAGGAGCUGAUCCGCAACAAGGCCAUAGAAUUCCGCGACCUUAUGCGCAUCGAUGGCUUUACGCCAAACAAGCCCUGGAUUAAUCACUUCAAGGCCGCCUACAAUAUAUCUCUCUCGAAUCGACAGAUUACUAUUACGCGUAGACCACCGAGAUCGAUGGACCUAAGGGACAUAAUGUCCUACUGCGGACGACACACCUCGAUGGCCUGUAACUUGCUACCCAGAUCUCCGGAGCCCGCUCCGCCCACAACCAGCGAUCAAAGGGCCAUCGAACGACCUCUGUAUCGCGCAAAGACCCUGAUGAAUACUUCUUGCCAGAACCAGGCCACCUCGGAUGAGUUCCAUAUGCGACGAAAGCGUAAGAUUACGUUUCUGGAAAAGUGCCUCUACGAGUACAUCCAGCGGUCUCAGGUGCAUUCCAAUGGUCGUAUUGACAUGGACAAUCUGCGAUCCGUGGCCAUCAGUUUGAGGGACAUCUUAAAGAUCGAUAGCUUCUUCCCCGACAAGACCUGGUUCAAUCAUUUCAAGAACCACUACAACUUCACCUUCUCGGUGGGUGUUCCUGUUACCCGGCUCCUCUCGUUGGACCUCCGCGAUAUUGUCAGCUAUUGCAGUCGGCACGAACAAAGGAUAACCCUGGCCUCCAAGAAACAAGUGAAUGCCGAAGCAAAGCCAAAAACAGGAUCUAAGCCUAACACUCCCACAGAAAACGUGGACCCCGGAGACGAAGACGAUGAUGACUGUGUGGCCAUAGAAGUCCCCACUGAAUUAAUAGAAAUCAAAGAUGAAGAUGAAGAUGAGGAUAAUAAGAGUGAACCAAUCGAGACACCAAUUAAGCGAAAAAUGGAAGAUAAAACCAACCAGAGUUCCUUGAAGAUACAAAAGAUACACCACUACCCACAAGCACUUGAAGCCUUCAAUAAAGCGGAAGCUCCAGAAACUGCCCCUUCACCUAGUCCUGGUCAGGACGCAGAGGUCAGCAACGAAGCACAGCUACCAAGCUGCGUGGAGAACUACAAGGAUGCCCUGCGUCUGCUAAAGCCCCUCGAGGAUUUCGCCCUGAUGGAGGAGAACUACCGCGCCAUUGGCCUGCUCACCCAGCUGGAGAAGAUCUUCGAGACGGGAAAAAAGGCUGCCGAGAUGGGGUCUUCUGCUAAAUAAGUGUCCAGCCAAAUAUAUCAGCUUGGAGUUCAAGUUUAGAGAUAAAGUUGAUAUCUAUUGGAUACAUAUGUAAAUAAUAUUAUUAUUAUUACGUUAGAGAGAUACUAAUAGAUCCCAUAAAAAAUAGGUCUGACAUACUAAACGACUUUGUAGAAUAAUUAUUAUUCUAAAUUAUAUUUAUUAUAAUUUUUUUAAGCCUGAG